AUGUUGAACUGUUCUGAACCAACGUCCCCUGCCCUCAUCAGCGCUCUGCACCCGGUCUUUAACAUGAGCUCCAUGCGACCCGUCAUAGAGAUGUCAACUCCAACAAAUGUUGAAAUUUCCUUCAUUUUGUACGGGAUUCUGGGAGUGGAUGAAAAGGCUCAACUCUUGAUGACUUACCUGUGGCUAAAGUUUGAAUGGCAGAAUGAAUUUGUCAGCUGGGACCCCAUCGAGUGUGGCACUGAUAGGAUUUCUCUGCCCAGAACAAUGUUUUGGGUCCCAGACAUGAUCAUCAGCGAGUUCAUGGAUGAAAACACAGCCCCCUAUGUCCCAUAUGUGUACCUGUUUUGCAAUGGCACUGUCCAGGAUGCUCAACCAGUCAAAGUGGUCAGCUCCUGUAACCUCAACAUCUACACCUUCCCCUUUGACACACAGAAUUGUCCUCUCACCUUCAAGUCCUAUGCCCACUUUGCGUCUUCUCUACAGAUUGAACUUUCAAAAACCACAGAGACAAUUCUGCAAAAUUCUAAAAAAGCAAUGGGAACAAAAGGUGAAUGGGAACUAGUUGGAAUCACAGCAGAAAAACGCCAACUGCCAUCUUCCACUGGAGGAUUCUUUGAUGAGCUUCGCUUUUACGUCUCAGUGAGGCGGAGGCCCCUCAUGUACCUGGUCAACCUCCUGGUCCCCAGCAGCUUCCUCAUCACUGUGGACCUCUUCGGCUUCAUGCUGCCCCCUCAGAGUGUGGAUCGAUCCCUCUUCAAGAUGACCCUCAUCCUGGGCUACACCGUCUUCCUGCUCAUCAUGAACGACCUGCUGCCCAUCACAGGAAAUAGCACACCUCUCAUCAAUGUCUUCCUGUCUCUGCGCUUGGUCCUGAUGGUGGCCAGUCUGUUCAUCCUCAUUACAAACCUGCUGUGUGGCUCUCUCAAACGGUCUCCAGUCCCUCGCUGGCUCAGGGUGUUUGUUCUCCACAUCCUGGGGCACAUGGUGCUGCUUCCCCCGAAGACCAGAAAACCAAAAGGCUCAGUCCAUCAAAAUCCUGUCACACAAGGAAUAGAAAUUUCCCAGCUAGCUGCAGACCAGCAUCAGACUUCAGAGGAGAAGGGGCCGUUGGCUGAUAACGCAAGCCCGGAGGAGCUGAGGAGGCUGAGCAAAGACCUCCAGGCUAUCCGAGUCCACGUGGACCAGUACUUGAGUGGAAACCAGGACUCGGAGGACUGGAACCAGCAGCUGUCCUCGCUGUCCAUGUCAUCUGAUUGGUGGAGGACAUUCCGUCCAGCAAUGGGUUCAUCACAGCACAAAAUCAGCUUCAUAGCAGCUUUUCUCUUCAUGUUAGUGUCUCUGUCUUACGGUAAACUGCCUUGUAAAGGCACCAGUGGACCAACGUAUGAGUCCUUGUUGGAUGUGUUUACCCUGAAACCUUUUAGGCCUGUGGUCAACCUCAGCAAUCCCACAGCAACCAACAUUUCCUUCACCCUGUAUGCUGUUCUGGGCGUGAAUGAGAAGACUCAGAUACUCACUACUUUCCUCUGGCUGAGGCUGUACUGGCACCAUGAGUUCCUGGUCUGGGAUCCUGAUGAGUGUGAUGGUGUCACCAAGAUUUCGCUCCCUGUGAAUGACCUCUGGUCUCCAGAUAUCAUUGUUUAUGAGUUUGUGGACGAUGACGUCUCCCAAGCGUGCCCUUACGUCUAUGUGAACCAUACAGGUCACAUCCGCUGGGACAGGAUGUUGCGCCUGGUCUCAGCAUGCAACCUGAAGAUCUUCUGUUUUCCCUUUGAUGUGCAGAACUGCACAUUUACAUUUGGCUCCUACAUGCACACAAUCAAGGACGUGAGGGUCAGUCCAGCUCUGUCCUUUAAAGAAAUGUCUGUAAACUCCAAGCGUUACCUGGAAGCCAGUGGGGAAUGGGAGCUGGUGGACAUCCUGGGAGAAACGUCCAUUCUCCAGUUUGGGAUCGAUGAAUGGGAUAUCAUCACUUUCUGGGUGGUGAUAAAGCGGCGCCCGGUGCUGUAUGUGGUCAACCUGCUCAUCCCCAGCUCCUUCCUCAUGCUCAUUGACAUCCUGUCCUUCUACCUCCCGCCGCACAGCGUGGACCGUGCCUCCUUCAAGAUGACCCUCAUUCUGGGAUACACCGUCUUCCUGCUCAUCAUGAAUGACCUCCUGCCCAGCACUGCCAAUGGCACGCCCAUCAUAGGUAUCUAUUUCUCGGUGUGUCUGGCCCUGAUGGUUAUCAGCCUGCUGGAGACGGUCAUCAUUACUAAUGUUCUCCAUAACAACUCCAUGAAAAACAAAGACAUUCCACACUGGGUGAGGGUGGUCGUGCUAAAACACAUCAGCAAGCUCAUCUGCUACCAAUGGACGGAGGACGUCCCACCCCCACCUCAGGAGGACAAAUCUAAAAAACUGGAGGAUAAUACAGGCCUAUGCAUCAUCCACCCAAGAACUGAACAGCCCACACAAAAUGCAACCGGCAAACCUCACUCUCCCUCCAUUUCUGCAACAGGUACAGCUACUCCGCCUGAGCUGCAACAGAUCUGCCAGUACCUGAGUGAACUUCAUGCCCACCUGGCAUCAAUGCAGAAGGAGAGCGAACUGCAGGACCAGUGGUGCCACGUAGCCUACAUCCUGGACUUCCUGCUCUUCCGUAUCUACCUUCUGCUCAUCUCUUGCUAUGCCCUGGUCAUCAUCUGCAUGUGGUGCAUCUGGAUCAGCCACUCCUGA